AUGAAAUUAACUCUAUUAUUAAUUAUCUCAUUUAUAUUAUUUAGUAAUGUUGUAUUUUCACAAAAGUUUAAUCUCUUUAAUUUCGAGCAAAACCAUUGUUUAACAACACCAGAAUUAUUUUUAGACGAAUGUCAACUUUUAAAUAGUACAUUACCAAUGUGUAAAGGAUAUAUGAGAGUUACAUAUGUAAGUAGUAACACAUAUGAAUUCUCUAUUUUCAAUACAUCCACCCCACUUUGCGGUCAAGUUAAUAGAAAAGCAGGUUCAAAUUUUACUUGUGAUCAAAGUACAAAUGGAGUUAAACAGAAUUACACUGGUUUUUCAGUCACAUGUAUAAGUACCUCAAAUGAAUCUUCUUUAUCCUCAAAAACUCAACAAUCAAUUGUUUUUACGGUUUUAUUAUUAUCAUUGGCUUUAAUUGCUUCUAUCUUUUAA